AUGAAACUCCUCUGCAUUGCUCUGGUUGUUGCCCCCGUUUUGACGUCACUUGCUUGUCCUCCUAAACCACCAACUAAGGACAGACUUCUAACCGAGUACAUUCAGACUCGCCUUCCUGGAGUGAAAUCCGACUGCUGGACUGUCUUUUUCGCUUCAAAAUACGCGGCACGUGGAAUCCUCCAAGAAAAUGGUUUCGAAAAAGUUGAAAGCAGAUACGACGAGCAUGACAAGAUGUUUGGGCUGGGCCCUCAUUCCACUGAAUCGAAAAUUAAUGUUCCAAAGACGUUUUUGCAGAGAGUGAAACAAGCGAAUGAAAAGCUGCAAACGAGCAUGGUAUCUAAAGUCGCUGUUAAAAUUGGUUGCUCUGUCGGUGUACCCAGAACCGUAUGUCUACUUCAGUACUGA